AUGCCGCCUAAAAAGAAAAAUACAGCUUCAAAAUCUAAUCAAAUUCAACCCGAGAGUAAUGUUGAAGACGCUACGUCGGCUACUGCUCCUUCCCAAGAAGAACCACCACCAAAGAAAAAGGCUACAAGGAAACCUAGGACCACUAAAAAGAAAGAUCUCGUUUCACAAGAGGGUUCUACUAGUAUUAUAGAACCUAAUAGUUCUACUACUAUAUCGGCUGAUACUCAGCUACAAGAAGCAACAAUUCCCGUAAAAAAAAAACCUGGAAGAAAAUCUAAAGCUAAACAACAAGAAGUUGUUACCGUAAAGGAGGAACCUUUAGAACAACAGCAACAACAAUUUAUUACGACUACCGCUCCUUCCACUGUUCCUCAGCAACAUCUAUUAUUUAUUAAUGCAACUCCUGAAGAACCGGUCAAGAAAAAACCUGGAAGGAAGCCUAAAGUAAAGAAACAGGAAGCGGACCAACAAAACCAACAACCACCACCAGAAAAGAAUAUUAAUAGCUUUCCUCCUCACGGUUUUAAAAGUGGGAUACAAUCCGAAUCACAGAAUAGUAAUAAUUAUAAUACUUCUCCCCCUGUCGCAUCGUCUCCUGAUGUUCAACCAGCAAUCGCUCCAAUUCCCACUCCUCUUCCUGCUGCUACACACAGUAAGCGAGGGCGACCUAAAAAAGUCAAAUCUCUUGAAGCUGAUCCACAGGCUGUUAGUGCUGAGACAAAAGUGGCUCCGACUAGAAAGAGAAAAUCAAAAAAACAAGAAGCUUCAGCUGAAUUAAAUCAAGUAUCAGAUAUUGUUGCAAAUUCGUCAUCUCAAGAACAAAUAAGUUCACAACAUCGACAUGAAGAGGAAGUUGAUCAAUUGGCUAAGGCAGCCAACCCUCCUAAAAAGAGGAGGACUAAAAAGCAAGAUGCUGCCGUUGUUUCUACUUCGCAAAUGGAAUCAGCUUCUGGACAGGUUCCGGAACAAUAUGAGCAACAACCACCUGCUAAGGCUACUAAGAGGGGUAGACCGAAGAAAACAAAACCAGACUCGACUGGGGUUGAGAAACUAUCUAAUAACGAAGAAGCUGUUAUAAAAAUGGAGGAUUUGGUACCUAGUCCUGUGAUAGAAUCUCAUGUAACUGAAUCACAAAUAAAAGUUGAGCCUUCGGAAAAAACAAGUACAGGUCCAAAAAAUUCAUCUGUUGUAUUAAAUGAAUAUGAAAAUUCUGAGCAACAAGAACGGAAAAACCUUUCUGAUUCUAUAAAUCCACACUCAAUUGAUAGGGGUGAUGUUAAAAUUUUUGAUGCUUCAGAGAAUAGUUAUGAUAUUCAUCAAGUUCAAGAAUUACAAGUACAAGAACAGGAUGUUACAAUGGAAGAUACACACAAUAAGGAUUUGACCGUUAAUAAUGAACAAAGUAUUAAGAGAAAACGUUCUAUAGAUAAUAAUGAUAUUGAAGAUGAGAUAAAUGUACAAAAUAAAUCAUCUCAAAUUGAGGAAGUUAGAGCUAGAAUGGAAAAAUUUAAAAAACUUCGAAGUCGAAUGGAUGAAGGAGAAACUGCUAAUCGCAAAGAGGUUUUUGAAGAGCAUCAACGUAAGAAAACUAAUCCUAAAGAGAUUAUCAAACAAGAAAGAAAACGGGAAGAAGCUGAAAAAUUGUUGGCUAAACAACAAGCUGAAGAGAGAGGAGAGGAUUAUGAAAGGUCAAAAUUCUGGGAAUAUUCUGCCGAGUCGGUUGAAAAAUGGGAAAAGAAACAAGAAAAGAAAGCAAAAAAAUCGGAUGUUGCAUUUACUGAUUAUAAUCAAGUAGCACAUAAGAAAUAUAAGAGACAAAUUAAUGAAUUAAAGCCAGAUCUAGUAACAUAUAAGGAACAAAAAGCAGCGGCAGUGGCAUCAUCAAGUUUAGUCACAACAGAAGAUGGUCAAAUCGUCUCAGUAGAUACGGAAUCGAAUUUUUAUCGAGAUGCAAAUUCGUUACAGUAUGCUAGCGUAGAUAAUCAACCAACUCGUGAAGCUAUUGAUAGAGUUGUUGCGGAUGUUAACAAGACAAUUGCUAAGCGUGAGAAAUCAUCUAGGCAAAAACCUGUUAAUGAAGAUGACGACAUUACUUAUAUCAAUGAGCGCAAUAGAAGAUUUAAUGAAAAAAUUGGUAGAUUUUAUGAUAAAUAUACUAAAGAAAUUAAAGAAAAUUUUGAACGUGGUACCGCGUAA